AUGCACAAUUUGCCUACGUUCCACCCAAAUCUGGUUCGCCUAUUCGCUGUGAACCUCGUGUUCAUUUACCCGUUCGCCAUUUCGCGCCUCAUUUUGGCUUUGUAUGAGAGCAGCUUGGAGUUUAUGUGGGAAUGGCCAGCCACCCUUACCGGAAUACUAUUCGAGAGGCUCUUCGCAACGAUUAUGGCCGCCAGCUACGAAUCCGUACAUUACCGAUGGUUCUUUAUCUUUCUUACGUUUCUCGGCGUGGCUUUCGCUGGUUUGAUGGGAUGUUUCUUCGUGCUGGGUAUCAUCUCGCCAAGCUUUGCCGGCAUGCUCGGCGUGGUCGGCAGCACUUCGGCGGCAACGGCGACGCUGGCAGCGCUCCGAAUCAAUCGGCAAAAGAUACGUAAAAUACCGAUGCCAGGUUAUACGCUGACCAAUAAGUAUCAGCUACGAGAGAAUGAGAAAGCUAUGCAGGUAUGCGCUCUCGAUCAUGCUGUUAAGCGUAAUGUCGAAUCGGCGUGUCUGGGACGAUGUGAAAAAGAUGCUCAGGAAACGCUGGAAUCGGAGCUCUACCUCGGCGCCAGCACCGAGGACUACUUUUCGCAGCUCGACUCGCAAUGGGAUCCAAUUCCCCUGCCGCUUCUGGUGUUCUCAUUUUUUCGCGGUUGGGUCUUUGCGAUGAUGCCGACCAAUCUCGUGAUGAUCCUCUUUGAGCGCUGGUACGCCACGGUCAAGGCGGGCAGCUACGAGACGAAUUAUCAUGAGGGUUUCUUUGCCCUAUUGGCCGCUGGGGGCCUGCUGUUCGCGUUUUUGAUGUCGCUGCUCGUCACAUAUAAUGUGUUGGUAAUGGCAUAUGGACUCGUGCUAGCAAUGUUGGUUACGCUGGCUGGCGGAGUGUCAACCCUGGUCACGAUACGCAUUAAUGAGAAGAAAAUUCGAGCUCUACCGACUCCCGGCUAUACUCUGAGCAAGAGGUACCAAUUGCGAGAGAACGAGCAGGCGAUGGAGGUCAUCUCUCUGCUCGUUGAAAUUGCGGCGUUCUUUAACCUAUCCUUUAUCUCGUUCUUUGCGCUCAACCGCUACGAAUGGCUGUCGUGGUACUGGCGCAACAUUUUUGGGAUGCUUACGUCUUUAUGGAGUGUGAUAUUUGCCUUGACGAUGACGUUUUUCGCGCCCAUCUCGACAAAGCGACUUUAUAAGCUCACCAAGAGCAUUCUUUUGCGAGAUUGGAGAAAGUUGAGACCCUUGCCAGAACCCAGCUGCGUCGACGACCUGCCUCAGAUUGAAAAGAAAGUCAUGAAUAGUCGGGGAAAGGAGAUCUACCUGGGCGCCAAGCAGGAGGACUAUUUUCAUCAACUCACCGCGCAGUGGCACCUGCCACCGCUCAGGCCACAA